AUGCUGUCUAAGAAGCGUAAAUAUGAAGAGGAGAAUCGAGUUUUUAAUACAGACUGGGAGGAAGAAUUCGUUUUUGUUGAAAGAAACUGUAAGCCAAUGUGUCUUUUGUGUCAAACCACUUUGUCACAGUUCAAAGCCAGUAAUUUAAAACGCCAUCAUGAUACUAACCACGGUGGUUUCUGUAAAGAUUUUCCUAUUGGUUCUCAGUUAAGGAAAACUAAAUUAAAAUCCUUAAAGGAAAAACUUGAUUGUCAGAGCAGGGUUAUGUCAAUGUUUACAAAAGAAGCAGAUUUGACAACUGAGGCUGGCUUAGUUUUGGCUUUUAAUAUUGCAAAAGCAAAGAAGCCUUACACAGAGGGAGAGUUUAUUAAAAAGAAUAUGUCACAACGAAUUUCUGUUAUUAGUGGCGAUAUUGUUGGCAAUUUACAACAAAAUUUAAGUGAGUGCUCAGCAAUUAGUCUGGCUUUGGACGAAUCUACAGAUGUCAAAGAUAAACCCCAGUUAGCCAUAUUUGUAAGGUACGUGACAAAAGACUUGGAGGUUGAGGAAGAACUGUUAGACCUGGUUACAUUGAAUGUUACUACUCGUGGUUGUGAUAUUAAAGAAGCCCUGGAUGGUGUUUUAUUGAAGAACUCUGUGCCUAAAGGUAGUAUUGUUAGCAUUGCUACCGACGGUGCACCAGCUAUGGCAGGUAAGAAACAAGGGCUUAUUGGGCUUUUAAAUGAGGAUACAUCAUACCCUGAUUUCCUACCUGUACAUUGUAUUAUUCACAGGGAACAUUUAGCUGCAAAGUAUUUUCAAUAUCCCCAGAUUAUGCAGGUAGUUUUAAAAAUUGUUAACUACAUUCGAUCAAGUGCUAAGACACACCGACAGUUCAAAUCCUUCUUAGAGGGCUUGGACAAUGACGAGCUUCCUGAUGAUGUAUCAUGGUACUGUUUAGUUAGAUGGCUAUCAGUAAGCAAUGUUCUUGACCGAUUUUUUCAAUUACUUGAUCCAAUAAAACAGUUUAUGCGAGAAAAAGAAAAAUCUUUCCCAGAACUUGAUGACCCCCAGUGGUUGUUAGAUUUGGCUUUUUUUACAGAUGUGGUUCAGCAUUUACAAACCCUAAACAUAUCACUACAAGGAAGAGAAAAACUUAUUUCUGACUUAGCGCAGAGUGUAUUUGGCUUUCAUAGCAAGUUAAGGCUCUUUCGGAAAGAUCUUGAGACUAAGACAUUUGCUCACUUCAAAUGUUUGAAGAAAAUUAUUGAAAGCAAUCCUGAUGUUCAAAAAUCAAUGGCAGAUUUAAUGAUUUGA